UAACCUCAAGGGAGAAUCAAUCCAAACUGCAGCUGCUGCCGAUGAGAAGAUGUAAACCUUUGAAAUGGCAAUAUAAGAUCCCAGCAUAGGUGUUUUGUGUUAGUUCUUAAUUCAUGAUUGCCAUUCCCACCUCUCGGAGUCGGGCAUUGCCAUUCUUUGCUAAGCAAUUUUGCAAGCUCAUCUAUCAAGAGCUUCAUGUAGCUGUCAGGCACUACUCUCAAAUCAUCAGGAAUCAUGGUGAUGAAGAAUUGGAUGCUAAUGUUAAACCAAAGGCAUCUACAAAAACCAAUAAGGCUAAAUCGAUGGCCAGACUCAUCAACUCCAAAACUUGGUCAUCUGAGCUUGAGUCUUCGCUUUCAUCUCUUUCUUCUUCAUUCUCUAAAACUACUGUCCUCCAAGUUCUUCGCUUAAUCAAGACCCCAUCAAAAGCCCUUCAAUUCUUCAAUUGGGUUUCACAAAUGGGGUUCUCUCACAACGACCAAUCUUAUUUCUUGAUGUUAGAAAUCUUAGGUCGGGCUCGUAAUCUCAAUGUAGCGCGUAAUUUCCUCUUCUCCAUCAAGAGAAAGUCUAAUGGGAUGGUUAAGCUAGAGGAUAGAUUCUUUAAUAGCUUAAUUAGGAGUUAUGGCCGAGCUGGGUUGUUUCAAGAGUCUGUAAAGCUUUUUACGUCGAUGAAAUCUGUUGGAGUUUCUCCAUCCGUGGUGACAUUUAAUAGUCUUUUGUUGAUUUUGCUCAAACGUGGACGGACCAAUAUGGCCCAGAGUGUGUUUGAUGAAAUGCUUAGCACAUAUGGUGUUACGCCUGACACCUAUACCUUCAACAUUCUGAUUAGAGGUUUCUGUAAGAAUUCAAUGGUUGAUGAGGGGUUUAGGUAUUUCAAGGAGAUGUCACGUUUUAAAUGUGAUCCUGAUAUUGUAACUUAUAAUACAUUAAUUGAUGGGUUAUGCAUAGCGGGGAAGGUUAAGAUUGCGCAUAAUGUGGUUAAGGGUAUGAUCAAGAAAAGUGCAGAUUUGAAUCCUGAUGUUGUUACUUAUACAACUUUGGUUAGAGGAUAUUGUAUGAAGCAAGAAAUUGAUGAGGCUUUGGUUGUUUUUCAAGAGAUGGUGAAUAAAGGAUUAAAACCGAAUGAAGUUACUUAUAACACUCUUAUUAAGGGUCUUUGUGAAGUGCAGAGGAUUGACAAGAUCAAAGAGAUUUUGGAGGGAGCCUUAGGGAGUGGAGGAUUUACUCCUGAUACCUGUACUUUUAAUACAUUGAUGAAUGCACAUUGCAAUGCAGGGAAUGUAAAUGAAGCAAUGAGCGCAUUUGAGAGGAUGAUGGAGUUGAAGGUCCAACCAGAUUCUGCUACAUAUAGUGUUCUGAUUAGAAACUUGUGUCAAAGAGGAGACUUUGAGAGAGCAGAGCAGUUGUUUGAUGAGCUAUUAGACAAGGAAAUUUUAUUAAGAGAUGAUGGGUGUACACCUUUGGUUGCAGCAUACAAAUCCAUAUUUGAAUUUUUGUGUAAAAAUGGGAAGACUAACAAGGCAGAAAGAGUUUUCAGGCAGCUAAUGAAAAGGGGAACCCAAGAUCCUCCUUCUUACAAGACACUGAUAAUGGGGCACUGUAGGGAAGGUACAUGUGAAGCUGGGCAUGAGCUCUUGGUCUUGAUGUUAAGAAGAGACUUUGUGCCUGAUUUUGAGACCUAUCAGUCAUUGAUUGAUGGUCUCUUGCUGAAGGGUGAACCUCUUCUUGCCUACCAAACUCUGGAGAAGAUGCUAAAGAGCUCCCAUGUUCCUAAAACUUCUACUUUCCAUUCAAUACUAGCAGGACUUCUGGAAAAGGGGUGUGCACGUGAAUCAGCUAGCUUCAUAGUAUUGAUGUUGGAGGGAAAAAUUAGGCAAAAUGUGAAUCUAUCAACACAUACUAUAAGAUCACUGUUUAGUAGUGGACUGCGGGAUAAAGCAUUUCAGAUUGUUGGGUUACUUUAUGAUAAUGGAUAUGUUGUUGGCAUGGAAGAAUUGAUUGUUUUCCUUUCUCAAAAUAGAAAGUUAAUAGAAGCACACAAAAUGAUUCUGUUUUGUUUGGAGAAACAUCAGAAUGUUGAUAGCGGCACAUGUGAUACAGUAAUUGAAGGUCUAUGUAAAAUGAAAAAACUUUCAGAAGCAUUUAGGUUGUACUAUGAAUUGGUGGAGAAAGGCCAUCAUCAUCAACUGAGCUGUCUAGAAGAUCUGAGAGUUGCCUUGGAAGCUGCAGGGAGAUCAGAAGAAGUAAAGUUUCUAACUAAGAGGAUGCCGCAAAAGUGGCAGUCAGACAAACCAGCAGAAACAAGCUCCAGGGUGCAGGGACAUUAGUCCCUAUGGUCUGAUUGCAUCAUUCAAUUCAGUUGAGGAAACCUUUUGUUUAUUAAUUGAUUUUGAUCUUUGUGGCCAUCGUUCUGCUACUGAACUGCAUCUGCAAAUAUCCUUUUUUUAUGUUAUUGAAAAUUUUGAAGUGAUAUUGUGUCCUCUAGUCUUAUUGUUGGUUUUCAAACAUGGCCAAAUUCACUUCAAAGUGGAGCUUCUCAGGUAUGUUGUUUACAAAGAACAAUCUGGACAAGGCUAUAUACGAGUAUGUACAAGAACAUCCCUAAUCAACUAGCGUGUGUUUGCUAUCCUGCUAUGCUACUACAGGGUACUAUGUGACUUCUGGAUUCAGUUUUAUAGGAUUUUCGCCCCUGUUCAUCUGUUAUAAUAUGUUUGGGCUUUGCUCUACAAUCUAAAAUGCUCAUGUUGACAGUUUAAUACUGUUUACAGGGAUCCUUGUUGCCCCUUUUGGUGUGCUCUUGACAACCUAUGACAAAGCGUUGAUGGAACUAGAUUUUCUUUCCAAAUUCCUUGGCAUUAUGCAAUAGUUGAUGAAGCUUGGAGGCUUGAAAUCUUUCUAAUGCAUGUAUAAUUGUGAGUUAGUUCCUUUUCUCAUUAUGCAAAUUGUGAAUCAUUUUAAUGCUGGAUUUGGAACAAUAUACACUUUAUACGAAGUGAUGUAAUUAUGAAAAACUAUAGUCGUGAUAAUUAAAAAUGAAAAAAAGAAAAGAUCAUAGCAGGGACCAUUUCAGAACUCAUAAUGAUGUGAUUUUUUU